AUGCCGAACGGGAAGCUUUCGAAACCAGCAUCCACUGUUCUGGUGCGGGUCAUUAACCCAGCUCAGGUCUCAUCCCCCUUCGACUCCAUUCAAGUGCAUCGUCAAAACCCCGAUUCGGCGAUCAAACACGGAUUCCUUUCCCCGUCCGAUAUCUCUGAUCGCUGCUAUUCUCCUAUCCUUCUUUGCCACACUGCCUGCCGCCAGGUGGAUGGAGCAGGGAAUGCCGAAUCCCGCGUUAAUCCAAUCGUCGGUUCCGAUUAUCCAGCAGCAGCAGCUCCUCUCCACCACGAGGUGCCGUUGGAGCUAUCCGCGCAUGACACUCAGGGAUUGACUUCAUGCUUGCACCACUGCGUCGGGUGCUAUAGAGUGGCAGAUAAGGUUUCUGAUCCUGCGAUCAAUGACCGCUGGACUGUCCUCUUUGCAUGGGUCGACGAGUGCAGAGAGUAUUCUGCUGCCCACAGCCAAACAUUGGUAGUCGAUUACAGAUCGCUGAUACAUUGCUACUCUCUCGGGUCUAGACCAUGCGAUAGUGUGCAGCCCGCCGGCCAUGAUAGCGUCAUCCCGCAGUGCUCUACCAAUGUUGACCCCACCACUACCACUGCUGACAUGGGUGCACUCGACUCGGUUUUCCACUUCCGUCGGGAUGCGGCAGGGAUACCAUGA